GUAGCACUCCAACGAAGUUGACAAAGUGUAGAAACCCUACUUCAGCAAUUAUAAGACAGUGACAUAUCCAACAAAAGUUGCCUAGAGACAAGACACAUCACCGUCUCCAUGGCCUCGUCAACCCUGCUCGGCUUGCCGCUCGAGCUCCGCAUCCAGAUUUACUCUUACCUAUUUACAGCCCCACGAAGUCGAAUUGAGCUCAAGAAGGGGUCUUAUCGAGCAUUGAAUGAAGAUGGAGGAGAAGAAAUCCAAAUGUGUUUAUUACGCACCUGCAAGCAGAUCUACAACGAAACAAGAGAUAUUUGGUGGAAAUACAAUACCCUCCACCUACGGUCGAUUCUUAAUGCACAUGCACCUGCGCCUGAAGGCAUAAUUGCACCUAAUGUCGCCAUGAGGAUCAAAAGCCAAGUCCGGUCUGUUCAGAUGAACAUCGAUACCCUUUUCUACAAAACAAUAGCAGAUCGUCUAGUCUUCGGCCACAACCUUUCGAUACUCGCCGGAUGGGCUCAGGAAGGUCAACUAUCUUCGAUCACUUUGAAUAUUAAAAGCGUAGCAGGACGCAUUCUUUACACACACCGGCAAUGGAUGAGAGUCCUAGGCCGCCACAGGGAUUCAGAGAAGGAUCGCACCCACAAACAAUAUCUCGAAGAACUUCGAUUUGCCUCAACCGCACCAAACCCUCUAUCCACGAUCAAAAGACGAAUAGUUCUCGAAACGCGCUCAUCGACAUUUGAGCCCGAUACUUGGCGUCCGCGACAUUCCCUUCGCGUACCAAAACAAGGUCACAAUCCCAUUGACAUGCUGCAGGAAUUGGCAAGUGCUUGGGGUGGUCGUCUGGAAGUGAAUGGAAUGCUUGCGUACGAAGAUGGCAAUCCUGUUGGAGGGGACAUACUUCUCGAACAAUCUGAGCCCCGUUUGUUUUACUACAAAGAUGAUGUUCAUCUCUGGUUGAUGACUGAGAUUGUCAAGGAGCCAGUUCAAGGGAAACAUAUCGGACAAUUCCUGCUGGAUAUGGAUCGGUCGAGUCGAGCUGCGUUUUAUGGAAAAUAUGAGACUGAAUUGCAGGCGCUGAAGCAGAAGUAUGGCAUUCAUCGGGUUGGGGAGUCAAGCGUCGCGAAACCUGCUGCCGGGGAAGACAUACACCGCCCUUGAGUUGGUAUAACACACGAGCUCAAUGCAGUCCUCAGUUCCUGCUACCGCCAGAGCAGCAACAUAUCAACACAAACUGCACGCUAUUUGCGGUACUGAUUAUCUAGAUUGGGAGCAUACUGUGGGGAGCUCAUCAGUACACUUGCAUUUGGAGACGUGCCAAGGAACACGAAGAGCAGCUUCACGAGAAGUAUUUGAGCAUCCAAGACAAUUCGUGGUGAACUCUAUCUAAGGAGAGCAGCGAUUGCGGCGAACUCCAUGGCGUUCAAGUUCUUGUACAUUUACAUUGUGAUAGCACAU